GCAUUCCGCCAAUCACGGGGCCGCAAAUGAGCCGCUGUGAGUUCCAAGCCGGUGCGUUCCCGUGGCGCGGUAGGGAGUGCUAAGGGGGAAAGAGCUCGGUACAAGUGGAGGAUAGCUGGAAGAGGAGCAGCAAGGGAAGGAGGAAGAAUGUCUAUGUCUAUGUCUGCGUUACAAGGCUAAGCAGCCAUGUUCCUGCACCUUGAAGAACACUUAGGCAUCAGCUUCUUCAAGCUACUGCCUGGAGGGAAUAUACCUUUGAAGACAUGGCAUGAAGAGCUAAAAGCCUGAACUGAAAAACACAGGUGCUAGAUCUGAUUAGAAGAAUGAAGAUACUUUGCAGUAUUCUUGAUGGAACCUCUUGGAAGCUCACUGCUGAAGAAACUUGUCUUUGAGUGAGAGGAUUAUGGCUGUCUCUACUUCCAUGCAGGCAUGUAGUUAGAUGCUGCACUGAUGCCGCAGAGAAAUGGGAUGGCACCCACUACAGCCUGAGAGCUUCCACGAGAUCCUGUUAUCACUGGAAGAGUAUUCUCUCCCAUGACACCCAUCAUGUGUUACAUGUUGAUAUGAAGGCAAACAGUGUAUUGCCAAGGAAUCAUGACAGCCAACCAUCAUCAGCCAUGAAGUACUUCAGUGACAGACCAAACGCUCUCUCCAGACUUGAAGAAAAAUGACAUCAUCAUGGAAGAAGCAGCAUUUUGUGGGGGGGCUGUCUGCUUUCAAUGGUUGGUGCUGCAGAUUGGCAGGUGGAGUGAUAUGAAAGAGAAUGCUCAGCAGCCCUACCCAGCCACAACUAGAGGAGUCAGAACAGAGCAUUUCCAGAAUCCAGCUGCUCUGUGGUCUUAUCCGCUGAGACGUGCCACGGUCAGCUUGUUCUCCCUCUGCCCCAGAUCCACUGCAAAUGGAACCAUUUGGAAUGCAGCCUAAAUCCCACCGGAGCAAUGGGGAUGCAGAUGGCAAGGAAAGCUGAAGGGCAUUUGGAUACAUGCUGUCCCAUGGAUGUCUGGGUGGGAGAGAGGGUCUUCUAGAAGCACAUCAAGGACCCGAGAGGACACAGGCAUUGAGAAAAAAACUGUGUCAGAACGUCUCAAAUGCCUCCUUCAUCGUCCCAGGUUUUCAGCUGGUUUAGUGUUCUGAGAGGCCCUAACACAUAUUCUAUCUUUUGUCAGCUUUGGGAGCACUUACUUAACCUAUAUCAGCAUGACUCAAAACAACAUCAAUGUUGUUUCACUCUCUGGAGUGAAAAGAAAUAAUGUGCUUUGUUCUGCUGCUUCCUAUUCAAAGAGGAAUCACACUGGGAAGUGGAAGUUGCUGAAAAGGUGAAAGAUCCUGCAACGGACUCGCUGGAAAAGGUGGAGAAUGAUGUGCAACAGAACCUGCAGAUAUCCCAGUGGGCUUCAGGCGCUGGACAUGGACACAGAGGAUGACCCCUUGUUACAGGAUGCCUGGCUGGACGAGGAGGACGAAGAUGUUGCCUUCAGCUCAAGGAAGAGGCGGGAGGGUGCUCUGUUGUGUGGUAAAAGCCCCUGCAGGUUCAGGCCCCUGCGUGUCACGCUGCCAGUGAGUGGCUUCUGGAAUAUCGUAGGCUGGAUAUUUACCAACCCGUACUGCGCUGGCUUCAUCCUUUUCCUGGGCUGCGCCAUCCCUGCUGUGCUCGCUGUUGUCAUGUUCCUCCACUACCCAGCCCUGGACAUUGAUAUCUCCUACAACGCCUUUGAGAUCCGUAACCAUGAGUCCUCACAGCGCUUCGAUGCGCUCGCCUUGGCCCUCAAGUCCCAAUUUGGGUCGUGGGGGAGGAACCGCCGUGACCUGGCUGACUUCGCCUCCGAAACCCUGCAGAGGCUCAUCUUUGAGCAGCUCCAGCAGCUGCACCUCAAUGCUUCCCACCUGCAGGUCAGCACACGGGCCAAGCGCAGCACCCCACAGGGCAGGACUAGCUCCCCUGAGCCUCGUGCCCACCCACACCCAGGAAAUGAGACAUCCCGCGUCGCGAGGGGUGCCCCGCGCUGGGACUACUCCAACACUUACAUCAGCGCCAACACGCAGACACACGCACACUGGCGCAUUGAGCUCAUCUUUCUGGCCCGAGGGGAUUCUGAGAAUAACAUCUUCACCACGGAGCGCCUGGUUACCAUCCACGAGGUCGAGCGUAAGAUCAUGGAUCACCCUCGCUUCCGGGAGUUCUGCUGGAAGCCCCAUGAGGUCCUGAAGGACCUGCCCUUGGGCUCCUACUCCUACUGCUCCCCUCCCAGCUCCCUCAUGACUUACUUCUUCCCCACGGAGAGAGGAGGAAAGAUUUACUAUGAUGGCAUGGGACAAGACCUUGCUGAUAUCCAAGGGUCCUUGGAGCUGGCCAUGACCCACCCCGAGUUCUACUGGUAUGUAGAUGAGGGUUUGUCUGCUGAGAACAAGAAGAGCUCCCUGCUGCGGAGUGAGAUCCUCUUUGGGGCACCGCUGCCCAACUACUACUCGGUGGAGGAUCGCUGGGAGGAGCAGCGCCACAAGUUCCAGAACUUUGUCGUCACCUACGUGGCCAUGCUGGCCAAGCAGUCCACAAGCAAAGUCCAGGUGCUGUAUGGAGGGACCGAUUUGUUUGACUAUGAAGUGAGGAGGACUUUCAACAACGACAUGUUGCUGGCUUUCAUCAGCAGUAGCUGUAUAGCUGUCCUGGUUUACAUCCUUACCUCCUGCUCAGUGUUCCUGUCAUUCUUCGGCAUCGCCAGUAUUGGGCUGAGCUGUCUGGUGGCUCUGUUCCUGUACCACGUUGUUUUUGGGAUCCAGUACUUGGGCAUACUCAAUGGUGUGGCUGCCUUUGUCAUUGUGGGAAUUGGGGUUGAUGAUGUCUUUGUGUUCAUCAACACCUACCGCCAAGCCACCCACCUCAAAGACCUGCGCCUGCGCAUGAUCCACACUAUCCAGACAGCAGGGAAGGCCACCUUCUUCACUUCCCUGACCACAGCUGCAGCUUAUGCUGCCAACAUCUUCUCUCAGAUCCCAGCUGUGCAUGACUUUGGACUCUUCAUGUCGCUGAUUGUGUCCUGCUGCUGGGUGGCUGUGCUCUUCACCAUGCCUGCUGCUCUCGGAAUAUGGACCCUUUAUGUGUCCCCACUAGAAAGCUCCUGCCAAACCAGCUGCAGUCAGAAGUGCACCAAGAAGAGCGCUUUGCACCUGGCUGAAGAUCUCUUUGUUGCCUCAGAGGCCACCUCCAGAGCAGGCCAAGAGACACUGCCCUACCUCGAUGAUGACAUCCCACUGCUCAGCGUGGAGGAGGAGCCUGUCUCUCUGGAAAUGGGGGAUGUUCCCUUGGUAUCUGUGAUGCCAGAAAAUCUGCAGCUGCCUGUGGAGAAGAGCAACCGAGGUCACCUGAUAGCUCAUCUCCAGGAGCUUCUGGAGCACUGGGUGCUGUGGUCUGCAGUGAAGAGCAGAUGGGUGAUUGUGGGGCUCUUUCUCCUCGUUUUGCUCCUGUCUGUAUUCUUUGCCAGCCGCCUCCGCCCAGCUAGCCGUGCUCCAGUCCUCUUCCGGCCAGACACCAACAUCCAGGUGCUACUAGACCUCAAAUACAACUUGAGUGCUGAAGGCAUCUCCUGCAUUACCUGCUCAGGUUUGUUUCAGGAAAAGCCCCACAGUUUGCAGAACAACUUCCGAACAUCCCUGGAAAAAAAGAAGAGAGGCUCUGGAUCACCCUGGGGAAGCAAAGGGAGCUUAAGUGAUACAGGGCAGCAAGAUCUGCAGGGGACUGUGUAUAUCUCCAAGUCCAGAAGCAAGGGAAGGCCAGCCAUCUACAGAUUCUCUCUCAAUGCCAGUAUCCCUGCCCCCUGGCAGAUGGUGUCACCAGGAGAUGGAGAGGUGCCUUCAUUCCAGGUGUAUAGAGUGCCUUUCGGUAACUUCACCAGGAAGCUGACAGCUUGUGUGUCCACAGUAGGGCUGCUUAAGCAGACGAGCCCCAGGAAGUGGAUGAUGACUACCUUGUCCUGUGAUAGCAAGAGAGGCUGGAAGUUCGACUUCAGUUUCUACGUGGCCGCCAAGGAGCAGCAGCGAACACGGAAGCUGUAUUUUGCCCAGUCGCACAAGCCUCCUUACCAUGGCCGAGUGUGUGUGGCACCUCCUGGCUGUCUUCUCAGCUCCAGCCCAGAUGGACCCACCAAAGGCAUCCUUUAUGUUCCCAGCGAGAAAGCAGCACCCAAAGCGAGGCUCUCGGCAACUUCUGGAUUUAAUCCUUGCAUGAACACGGGCUGCGGGAAGCCAGCAGUGCGGCCACUGGUGGACACAGGAGCCAUGGUGUUCGUCGUCUUUGGCAUCAGAGGGGUGAAUCGUACAAGACACUCGGACAACCACGUCAUCGGAGACAUGGGCAGCGUUAUCUAUGAUGACAGCUUCGACCUCUUCAAAGAGAUUGGCAACCUGUGCCGCCUCUGCAAAGCCAUCGCCAGCAACACUGAGCUGGUGAAGCCAGGAGGGGCUCAGUGCCUGCCCUCAGGUUAUAGCAUCUCCUCCUUUCUGCAGAUGUUGCACCCUGAGUGCAAGAACAUCCCUGAGCCAAACCUGCUGCCUGGACAGCUCUCUCAUGGGGCUGUGGGAGUGAAGGAUGGGAAGGUGCAGUGGAUCUCCAUGGCAUUUGAAUCAACAACCUACAAAGGGAAAUCUUCCUUCCAGACAUACACUGAUUAUCUGAAAUGGGAGACAUUCCUGCAGCAGCAACUCCAGCUCUUCCCAGAGGGUUCUGCUCUCCGUCAUGGUUUCCAGACCUGUGAGCACUGGAAGCAGAUCUUCAUGGAGAUUAUAGGAGUGCAGAGUGCCCUGUAUGGUCUCAUCCUUUCGCUGGUUAUUUGUGUGGCCGCAGUGGCAGUGUUCACCACUCACAUCCUCCUCCUGCUGCCAGUGCUGCUCAGCAUUUUAGGGGUGGUCUGCCUGGUGGUGACCAUCAUGUACUGGUCUGGCUGGGAAAUGGGGGCUGUGGAAGCCAUUUCUCUGUCCAUCCUCGUUGGCUCUUCUGUCGAUUACUGCGUGCACUUGGUGGAGGGCUACCUGCUGGCAGGGGAAAACCUGCCGCUGCACCACACACAGGACCCCACGGCCUGCCGCCAGUGGAGGACGAUUGAAGCGAUCCGUCACGUGGGUGUAGCAAUUGUCUCGAGCGCUGUCACCACCGUGAUUGCCACUGUCCCACUCUUCUUCUGCAUCAUUGCCCCUUUCGCCAAGUUUGGGAAGAUCGUGGCCCUCAACACGGGAGUCUCUAUCCUAUACACGCUGACUGUGAGCACAGCCCUGCUGAGCAUCAUGGGGCCCGGCACCUUCACCCGGAGCAGGACUUCCUGCCUCAAGGCUGUGGCAGGGGUGCUUCUCGCCGGCCUGCUGGGUCUAUGCAUCUGCCUCGCCCUGCUGAAGGGCGGAUUUAAGAUCCCUCUCCCUAAUGGGACAGCCCUGUAGACCCUACACCAAGAACCACACGAUCUGUCCUCUUGCUCCCUUUUCUUUUUUUCUUUUUUUUUUUUUUUUAAAGGAUAUUUUUUGUAAGAAAAAAAAAGAGGAAAAAAAAUCCCGUUUUUUCCAGAAGUUUUUCAACUCCAGAUGCACUUUAUUUUCUAAUGGGUUUUGCUCUAAACUUGUAUUUAUUUCAGUAGUAAUGGAUGGAUGACGGACAGUGAGGGCUGCCCAGGGAAUUCCUCAGCCCAUGAGUAGGAGGGGAGAAGGUGCCCUUCUCUCAAUUUUCUUUCUGCUUUUCUUUUUUCAAAUGAACAGAGCUUUCUGGAACCACAAAGGUAAAGAAGUCAGGUAGGCCAUCUGAUCCCUUUCAAACUGCUUCCUUUCUGUCCUUCCUGUGGCCAGGGUCAGCAUUGCGAUGAUGGCUCUUGAGGUGAUGUCCUGUCCCCAUGCCAGGGCCAUGCAUUGAUGCAAUGCAUCAAGCCUUGCAAACAGCAGUGAGCUGAUGGAUGGGCCUGGAGAAUAGCGUUGUCUGCAUUGCUCUGCUAUGCCCUGUGCUCAGCAGCAAACUCAUUGCACAGGACACAUUUCCCAGCUAGCUCGUACUGGGGUGGUUGUGAGAUUAAAACUAGAGAGUUUUGGGAGGACCACCUGCUGGGACCUGCUUUCAUUGUUAGUGGGGAAUGCCAGGACAGGUGGCUCACCCCUUCUCUCAUAAAGGACGCUGGACCUUUCACCGGGACCUCUUGGGUCUGUGAACAGUCAUCAGAACACUACUGGUGCCUACAGGGCCCUGUCCUCCUCUCCUUCUUGCCAAGGUAGCAGUGGUGUCCAGUCCCAGCUCCUGUUCUGUUUGUGACUUCACCAGUCUACCUCUGCUCUUCAUGGCAGAGAGAGCUGAAGGCCUUCAGCUCUGUGCAAAGUUUUUUGCUCCAGGACCUGGCAGCCAGCUCUUAGCCUGAGGAUGAGCUAGCCCCUGUGGCCAGGUAGAGCCCAUAGCUGGCAGCGUGCAUGGAUAAACAGUGGGGCAUUCUCUGUGGCAGCUCAGAGACCCUGCUGUGCAGACACGAAGGCAGCAGAGCUUCAGCCUGAGGCUGCUGCCUGCUCAAAGCAGAUGGUUUAUAUUAAAGUAAAAUGAAAUUGCAAACUGGUGCCAUUAACAAGUACAUUUUAAGCAUCACUGAUUCCAUCAUAUUCUUAAAAUUGAAAUAACUAAGUGUGUGCAUUGAUAUGCAGCACAUCUGGUCCUUGGCAGAAGGGGAGGGGUCAGGCCCACUGGGAGAUGCAUUAAACAUUAUUUACAGGGAUGCCAGCAGAGAGAGGUGGCCGGAAAGCAGCCUGACUUCUAAUUUGUUUGCAGAUAACCAUGUCCCCAGUGGCUUUGCAUUCUCUGUCUGGAUUGACCCCCUUUUUAAAAUGGAAAUGCCAGGAAGCUGGUCCCUGGUGCCAACCGUGUUCUGGGGACUGUGCUGCUGAGACAGACCAGCAGCUGCUUCUGCUUGGCUCAGUGUAUCCUUGUUUUGAUCCCUGCCAGUCUCUUACAUCUUCACAUCGUGCCAUAACUCUGAAAAAGGAUCAAACAUUUGUUCCUAAACUAGGUUCCCCAAGGUGUUAGCUGGAGAGAAGGGAUUGAGGACAGGGGUCUCAUUGGGCUUUGUUGAUGCUGGGAGAAAUCUAGAGCACUCCUGCUGCAGACAGCGAGGGUGGUGAAAGCAUGAGCAAACCAGACCUGGUUCCUUCCUCACCAUCCCACAGUGCAGCUGAGUUACCCUUUUCUGCCACAUUAAAUGUUCCUUGGCCCCUGUCUCUGCUCUGCUCCAGCUCCUACAGGAUGAACCCUGAUGAAUAAAUGGUUCUGGGAAGGAUUUUUAACUAUCCUAAACCCUUGCUUCUUUGGGAGCUGCUGUGCAAGGCUCAGGCACAUUGAUCUGCAAGCCCUGCUUUCCCUGAUGUCAGUUCUCCAGAUUUAAUUACUAGUGGUGCCCUGAGCACUUGUAAGUGGCAGCAAGCACAGAGGGCAGAGUGCUGAUGACAUACAGUGUCAUACAUGGGUGUUGUGGGGGCAGAGCAUGGGAGCCCUAGUGCUGCUGCAAAGGAUGCUCUGACUGGCAGCUUGAUCUGUAUUCACCUAUUGCUUCAGCCUCCUUGGCGUGAUUAAAGCCGAUGGUUAUUUCCAGGUCACCAGACAAGAGAGGAAGGUGCUGAGUUAAGCCUUGCAGGAUGUCCCUCCUGUGAGCACGGAGAAAAACUGAAAGAUCUUUAAGGCAAGGCAUAGAUCUGCUUUAAUCCUGCAAAACUUGAAGCGCAUUCAUGCCCCAGGUAGCCCACAGUUUUGCUCACUAUAAAGAGGCUAAUAUAAGCCCCUCACUUCCAGAGUGAUGCUGGGCACACCAUGCUGGGACCAGUCCCUCAGCCAUUCUCAGGAAGCAAAGAUUGAUUUCAAAGUAGUGGAAAACCUUUUGUGCCUCUGGGUUCUGAUUUAGCAGUGUCUGAUCUCAGACAAAAAUAACAGCAUUCUUAGCACCUGACAGGUUCUGUCCCAUUUUCUGGAGCAGGAAGGGAGAAGGACAAAUGGCCGUUUUUUCUUAUCCUCCCUUGCUAGCCCAGGCACAGCCAGAGCAGUAGGGCUGGCUGGCACGAGCAGGAGCAUCACCUUGCCCUUGUUAGCCCAAAGUGGCUCUGGGAGUGUGCUGGCAAAGCAAUGGCUGGAGUGAUUCAGGAAGGAAAAGACUGAGGUAAGUGUAGCUGAUAAUUCGCAAAGGCAUGCUGAGGAGAUGGUGUGCCUCCAGCAGGAAAGCGAAGCAGAGAUAGGACAAGGAACUUACUCCAGGUUGUAGUAGAAGAGCCAGGAGAUGAUCCCAGGUUAUGCUUUCCAGUGCAAGGAUCCACUGGACAUUGGUAAGCUGAAAACUUGAUGGUUGCAACACUUGGCUUUUAGAUCUAGAAUCACAGAACAUUCUGCAGAGUGCUACAGAAUGAGAGAGACAUAGAAGCAGAGCUCAGACUUCCCCAGCGUACUCUCAACACCGUCUCGGUGGAGACAGUAAAUCAGAGGCAGGUGUAUACAUCUAUCUCCUUGGCAUUAGAAAAUAUUCAUAAAAUUAUAGGGGUAAGAAAAUGGAUGGGUUUAUCUGAGCAAGCAUGAAGGUGGGGCUGACAGCCCUGCUGGGAAUCAGUGCUCUGAGGCAGAUGCUUGUAGCAAUAAAAAGCAAAGGCUCACCUGUCUGGCGCUGUUCCAGGAGCAGAUGCUCACCCUAAAUUAAUUCCUCCCACAUCUCUACCUAUCUUCUUUCUCUGAUGACUCCUCUGUUGCCCAGAGCAUCUCUUGGGCCCUGUCGCCUUGCUGAGCAAGGUUCCGCCUUCUCAGCAGUACCUGCUUUUGCCUAAGAUGCUCACAGAUGCUGAACAAAGGCAUGCUGGAGACUUUCUGAGAGAGAAUGUCUCAGGCAGGGGAAGCUAAGGUGCUAAAAUUCUUCCUACAAAGCUGCCAAUUUCGAUGUUUUUAAACAGUUGAACACAGCAACCCAGUGUCAUGGAAAUAUUUCAUCCUGGCUUUACUUGGAAGAGAAUGCACUGUUUUUCCAUUUCAAAACAGUCUUAUUGCUGCAAUUAAAAAGAAACAUACACGGGUUCUCAGUUACAGCACACAGCAAUGAAAUAUUUGUUAUCUGCUCACUCCUUUUUUUCUGGUAAAUUCUGUUUUGAAGGAUACCUUCAGAAAAGUUGAUGUUAAUGUUUCAGGAUGGAAACUGCGUAGUUUCCUGCAAAAUGGUGCUGAUCCUGUCCUGAUGAGAAGCCCUCAGCAGUCACAGGAGAGCACUGCUCCCUAUUUGCCAAAGCAAAUGUACAGAGCUGCUGCUCCUUGCCUGUGAGUUCAAGGUUCCCCACAGAUACUGCUGAGACUAGGACUCACAACAGCUUUGGAGCAAAGAGGAAUAGAGCUGAUGUGGUUCGCAAAGAUCAGUGUCAGAGAAAGAAAUAGAGCCCGGUCUCCUCGCUCCAUUUUGCUUUUGUUGCAGUGGCUUUUGAGGUGCUGGGUUCAUGCAGGGCCUGUACAAGCAAUGGGGACAUCAGAGUUGGCCACCAAUCUUGGAAGUUUCAAAAGCUGCAGAUACUGGAAAAGGAUCAGUAGCUGUGCUGGGCUGUGAUCUCUGUCCAAAGCAAAGCCAGCCUGGAAAUUAUCCCCAAGGAGAAAGAUACAUGGCAUGCUUACGGAGCUGCUGGAACAGUGGGAUGGCAGCCUGGCUGCAAGGGUCUCCCAAGACCCCUGGCUUUGUCUUCACUGGAGCAAACUGGGAUGUUGCUUUAUGUCACAGCACCUCAUUUUGGCUUGUCCUGCACUGAAUUUUCAUACCAGAAUGUCCUGCCCUCCUGGAAGAUUAUUAAAGGUCUGUUUAAACCCAAGGUACACAUAAAUGUGUCCACACUGUCCAGAAGGGAAACUGUGCUGAUUGAUUUGCAGCCAGGCAGGGCAAGUCUCUUAGUUAUUACCAAAAUCCACUCCUCACCCCAGAUAGCAUGCAAGCCACAGUUCACAGGUUAUUCUCUUUCAAAGCCCUUUGCUAACUUCUCCUCCUCAGCUUUGUACCCAGGUCCUGGAGUUGGAAACCGUCACAGCUCCCAUCCGUCAGAAUGGAGGUGUGGGAUGCAUCCUCCCCUCUGCUCCUCCUUGGGGCAGUGGCUGCAGGUGCUGGGAGGUGAUGGCAGGACUGGAGGCAGAGCAGCAGGCAGGAAGGUUUGCAGGGAAGAGAGCAAAGAGGAGGGAGGAUGGGGGGAAAAGGAGGCACGAGCGCCCCGAAGUGCUGCUGCUUUGCCACGUGCGUGCAGACUUUAGCAUUGGUUCUCAGAAUGAUGUAGCACAAUUCACAAUGUAACGUAUGCGUGUUACUUUUGUAAGUCGUCUCCUAUUCUCACUAUUUUCAGUGUUCCUUGAUUUUUGGAGACUGUUGUAAAUAAAAGAUUUUGACACUGG